UUUCCUUUUCACACUAUCAGAGGAAGUAAAAGUAGCAAAAUUUCUUUCAAUCUUGCGAAACAGAGUCAAUACAAUUCCUUUGAUUUGUUUCAGCGACAUAGUACCAAAUCAUCUUUUCAAAAAUGUUUCAAGAACCUGAGUACAGAGAAAACCUAUCAUUGGCGUUAUCAGAGGUUUUAGAUGACAUUGGUGUCAAUGAAAGAAUGGUGAUGAGCUGGAGAAGAGGAAAAAUGCUAGAAGAGACUACAAGGAAUAUCAUCAACAUGUUACCUGAUAUAAAUAUAACUCAAUAUUAUCUAGGGAGUCAGAGUGAAGCUACAACUACUAUAGGACUUCAUUCAGACUCUGAUCUACUAAUCUGUUUCCAUGAUUGGAAUAUAAUACAAGACUGGUCAGAGUGGGAACAUGGCAAGAGAAACUACCUCAUGAUACAUGAUGAGAACACUACCCCUGGUUAUUGUUUCUUACAACUGCUCCAACAUGAAGUACCUCUUCCUGCCACUUACAUUCCUGAUGAAAAACAUAUAACUGAUAGAAGUGGAAGAAUAUUGUUAAAAAACACAAAUUUUAAUAGGAUCAUUCCGGGUUCUGUAGGUCAUGGACCAUCAAAUGCUGUACAAGGACAACCAGGAGUCUGUGAUCAAGACUACGUGUUAGCUUAUCCUUGUAAAUCAUGGCCUCAAUCAGCAUCUGGUUGGUUAGGAAGACAAGGAAUUGGCAGAUGGCCAACACAAGACAUGAGACGAUAUGCAGCCAGUACUGAGUGUUUUGUUGUUGGAACAGGAAGUAAGGUCAGUGAAUAUCCUGAAUUAGAAUGGAGAAUAUCUACAUCAUUGGCAGAGAGGUUUCUUAUGUUUAACCUAAAUAUAACACAAAUAAGGUGCUAUGUAUUAUUGAAAAUGAUUCUUAAAUCCUUCCUUAAUCCUCAGGGGACAAUUAAUAUAUCAAGUUUCAUGUGUAAAACAGUUCUUUUACACUGUAUAGAAAACACAGAGUCAAGUAUAUGGAAAGAGAACAAUUUAUUUAUAUGCUUAACAUACUGCUUAUUAGAAUUACAUAGCUGUGUACAGAAUGACCGUUGUUCACAUUUCAUUAUCCGAGAAAAUAAUUUGAUGGCAGGGCAAUUUACAGCUGAAAAAAAACAUGAACUUUCAAAAAAUAUAAGUGAUUUUUUACAGAAUGACAGACAAAUGUUACUUAGAAAUGAUAUUGAUGAUCUUGGCCAUAGAUUGCAAGUUAAACUGAACAUUGUACCACACGGAGCAUAUUAUUAUCAAUCUUCUCUUGCGAGACAUGAAUCUUAUAUGACCUAUUAUUAUGUAAACAGAGCAUACUGUAUAAGGGAUAUUCAUCACUUUGUUUUAAAACAUUUACACACAAAAAACAUUAGAACAAUGAAGCAUUAUAUAGGUAAACUUAUUACUUUCAAUGUUAAUGGUAACAGAUUAGAACAGGCUGCAUGUAAGUUUCUAGCACCUUUUAUUUUUACCACAUAUGGAUCUAUCCUGGCAUCAUUCAGCAUUGGUGAAAAUAAUCAAGUGUCACCUGAAGCAUUGGUUUGGUUAUCAGCUGGUUUAAACUCAGAUAUCUCAUCUAGCAGACUUAAAUUGGCUUCAGUGUUCUACAGUACAGGAGAUAUGGAGAAAGCUGAACAAAUACUAAGACACACUGAACAACAAUAUGACUCUUAUCCUGUUUUAACUAUUGGCUUGUGUGAUAGUCCUCCGCCAAGAGUAGCAGCAGAAUUCAAGAGGGUCUGUGGUGAACAAAGUGAGGACUGUAUUAAACAUAUUAUGUCAUUUUGUGUCACAUUCAUACAGAAAGAGAUCAACUGUGUUCCUCAUGAACUACAAUAUGAAAUGUUCAGAUCUACACAAGAUGACAUGAUACACAGAAAUCAGGAUACAAACUAUUGGAUGGACUGGGCUGUUGUUGAUUCUCUACCUUUCCUGUACUUCCUACAAUACAAGAUCUAUCGUCAUCUACAAAGACAUCAAGAUAAACGACAAGCACUUGGUAAACUUAUAAGAACCAUAGCAACAGAUGUAAACCUUAAACAUAGAGAAACAGCCCUCAACAUCUUAGGACAAUGUAUGGAACAAGAAAACAAACCUCAACAUGCAUUAAAUAGCUACCUGAUUUCUCAUCAGCUAAGGCCAAGAAACAAUGUAGCAAUCAUCCAUAUAUGUAAGCUCCUUUCUAGGAUAUUGGCUGGCCAAUAAAAGAUGUGGUCAGAAGCAGGCAGUAUUAAGACUUGAACUUCUACUGAUCUCUUGUGUGUAACAAAUGGAUGCAUCAAAUGUCAAUAUAUGUGGCUUUCAUAAUUUUUUGGUUACAUUUUAAUAUCACAUCAUAUUACCAAAUCAAAACAAUAGCAAUCCGAGUGAUCACAUGUGUUGCCUCAUGAUAGCCAUAACUCGACCAAAAAUUAUUCAACCUAAAAACCUGUGUAAUAUGCACAAGAACUUGAGCUACUGAUUAAUCCCUUACAUUUUCAGUGGUAUAACAGGAGUAAUCAGGAGAAAAUUUAAAAUCAUUAAAGGGCCAUCACAAUGUUCAUAUUUGUAUCUGAAAUAGUCCAUGUGCAUUGCUAUUGCUAAGGGAAAACAACAGUUCCAAAUGAUAUGUACAUAUGAGAUAAAUCAAUGACCCCUUUGGGUGGGGCCAAUUUUGACUCCAGGGCUUUUAUUUGAACAAACUUGGUAGACACCCCUAAGAUUUUUUCAUGCUUAAUAUAUAACCUCUAGCUCUAAAAUAUCUUUUAGAAGAAAAUUUUUUAAGUUUUUACUAUAUACAUAUAAGGAAAAUCAUUAACCCCCUU